AUGGAAGAAACAAACCAGUCUGUGGUGUCUCAGUUUAUUUUUCAGGGUCUUUGUAAUGCAAAGGAGCUCCAGGUCUUCCUCUCACUGCCAUUUUUCUUACUGUACCUGAUGACUGUUGUGGGCAACCUCUUUGUCGUGCUCCUAAUCAUCACUGACCGCCAUCUCCACUCCCCCAUGUACUUCCUAUUAGCAAACCUCUCAUUUAUUGACUGCUGUCUUUCUUCAGUAACUACCCCAAAACUAAUCACAGACUUCAAAAAGGAUAAUAAGACCAUUUCCUUUGGGGGAUGCAUGAGCCAGAUCCUCUGUGUGCAUUUCUUUGGUGGUGGUGAAAUGGUGCUUCUUGUGACAAUGGCCUAUGACCGUUAUGUGGCCAUCUGCAAGCCACUCCAUUACUCCAGCAUCAUGGACAGACAAAAGUGCAUCUGGCUAGUCUUGAUAUCAUGGAUCGUUGGCUUUGUGCAUGCCAUGAGUCAGCUGCUUCUCAUUCUGGAGCUGCCUUUCUGUGGUCCCAGAGUAGUGGACAGCUUUUUCUGUGAUAUUCCUUUAGUGCUGAAAUUAGCCUGCAUGGAUACUGAGACUUUGGAGUCCAUUAUAAAUGCAGAUAGUGGUGUUUUGGCAACAACUUGUUUCAUUCUCCUGCUGAUCUCCUACACUUACAUUCUAUUAACUGUUUGCCUUCACGCUAAAGAGGGUGCACCCAAAGCACUGUCUACCUGUACCUCCCACAUCACAGUAGUGGUGCUGUUCUUUGGACCUUGCAUUUUCAUAUAUCUGUGGCCCAUCAAUAUCACAUGGGUAGACAAAUUUCUUGCUGUAUUUUACACAGUCAUCACACCUGUUCUGAAUCCAGCUAUUUAUACACUAAGAAAUAAAGAUAUUAGGAAUGCCAUAAAAAAACGAAUGUCAUCGUGUGGAUUCAAGGAAUAA